AUGUCAACAAAGUUAUCUCCAGCUGGUCGAAGGUUGGCAACGAUCAUUGUGUCAGCACCCUUUGUUGUGGUAACAACUUGGAUUCUUUAUAAAAGAGUUGUUUUAGGAGAAAAGCCACGAGUAUCUGACGGUCAUGCUAUUCGUCCGAUGGGUGUUAGAGAAAGAGAUGAAAAAGAUAGCAAACUUAUCUAA